AAACGAGCGUAGGCAUUAGCAGUAGCCUUCCCGAUUUUUAGAUUGACACCACCCAACACACCACGAGUAGAACGACUAAUUUGUUCAUCCUCCUCCAAGUUGGUACUCACCACGUAAAGAAUAUGUUUGUCCUUGAUUUGGUUUUGAUACUUCUGUAGAAACAAGUCCAUCUGGAGACCUCUGGGGUCAGAGAAUAUGGUAGUCAUUUGUUUCUUACCAUAUAGUAGUAUAAAAAUGCGAACCCAGCCUGUUGGCAUAGCACCCUUUAAGGACUUGGGAAACCCAAGCUUUACGGUGAACACCCCAUCGCAUCACAUAAGCUUGAACGGCAUCGUUCUCUGCGUCGCGAAGAAGCAGAGUGGCAAGACCCGAUUCGUAUCAAACCUUCUGUAUCAGCUGAAACAGGCAUCGUGUAUGGAUAGAAUAUUCUGUUUAAGCGACACCUUCGAUUCGAACAAGAAAAUGAUGGAAUCCCGAGAAAAACUAAAACGGUGGAAAGCCUUCAAUCACAGUUUGGAUUACAGAAUCACCGCCGACCUCCUCGAGUUCUUUGACCCAGUGACGAGACAGUUUGAACCCCCAAAGCAUUGGCUAAACGGACGCAAACCAGUCGUUGGGAUAUUCGCGGACGACAUCCAAAGCUCAUCGUUAAUAGGGUCGAAGGCUUUCAAAAACCUGUGUAUCAAGUGCCGUCACAUAGGGGCAUUUCAAUCUGGUGAACCACCCAUAGGAUGCUCUAUAUUCGUAUGUGUACAAAACUACACAGCUUCGGGAAAUGAGGGCAUACCCAAAUCUAUACGCGGGAAUAUCAACUGCUGUGCGUGUUGGAAGUCCUCGUGUUGGACAGAAGUUGACCUUCUCGCAACCGAGCUAAGUGGGGUUAUACCAAAACAUCAAAUAUUACAAGCAUAUGACUAUGUUAUGAACAAGGAACCCGACAACAGGCACAACUUUUUAUUUAUAGACUUGACACCAAAGAAGGAACACCUCAGUCCCUUCCGUAUGAACUACACAGAGUGGCUUAUUCCUGAGAAGGAGCAGAGCUCGACGUAA